ACCGCCCAGUCUGGAAUUUUGCCGCUAGAUGUCGCUGCUGCGUUAGAAACAGCUGCCUGGUAGGUCACCUGAACGCAAUGCAUCCAUCUUUUAACCGCGUACCCUGGUCAAUGCCUUUCACUUUGACAGGAUGCCAGUCCACUGCAGAGCACACGCACAAUUUAGAGAUGCCGAUUAGUCACACACAGAAUGGAGGUGGGAUUUGAACACUCAGUCUUGGAGGUGUGAGACACCAUGCCACCCAUUCUAUCCACCCAUUAAAUAUAACCAGGGCCGCGUUUCCCAAAAGCUCCCGUUAGCAACCAGGGUGGUCUAGUCUGGAGCCCGUAGCAGACAGUGCAGGGUAAAGCUGGGGUGCAACACAAUCGUUAUAAGAAAAAAGAGUUGGUAAUACGUGCUGUCGAUUGAGGCCGGACAUGCCCGACUCGACGUCACUGCUUUUCGGUGGAGAUCUGUCGAAUACUUCCGGAAAAAGCCGACGUUUUCCGAAUCGUCCGUCCUGCCGGACUGCUGGAGGCGGUCGCAGCGCCAUGUUAAGCGGAGCGUCCGACCUCGGCGCAAAAUGACUUUAAAUUCUACCGCUGGCCGAGAAUAAGUAUUACGCAGCUCAAGAAGGAGACGCCAGCAACAGACCUUCUGGGAGCAGCACCGAUCCGGGUCCGCGGAGAUCCGGACAGAGAGGGGGAAGACGACCCCCCCGCCACCGUCCCCAUGCAGAUGCAACACCGAUAUUAAGCGACUUUCCAUUAAAAAAAAGGCUUUCAUUGCAGGGAUUAAAGGCCGCCUCCGGGAGCAAACCGCCACUGUGCUUUUAUGCAUAAAUACCGGCAAACCGCAAUCUGUAGAUACAACUCUAGAUAGAUUGGUAUUUAUUAGACUUUUACCCCCUUUUGUUAAUUUUUUGCAAUGAGUUUGCCGCCGCAGAAAGCGGCACCGAAAUCCGCCGCCGCAGUAAGUGGACCGGGAGCCGGCCCGUCUCCGGUGGGGCAGCUGCGAGCCGCCCUGACCUCCGUGUCUCUGCCGCCAGGAGCCCCGGCCGCUCCUCAGCCACCCGCCGCACCGCCGCAGCAUCCCAGGAUUGCCCGUCUGCCACCUGCACUGGAGGACCGGAUUUUCGCAUCGCAGUCCGCUGUCGCCACCGUCUACAGUGUCCCGAGACACCCCGGGCCCCCGUACGUCCCCCAUGACAUCACCAAGGGACACCAUAACCUUACUGGCACUGCACCUGGCCACGCCUCCUCCACCCCAGGAUUAUCUCAAUCUCCAUAUACCCCUGGACAGAAUGUGGGCUCCGCCCCUCUGUUGUACUCUCCUCAGACCCAGCCAAUGAACGCACAGCCGCAGAGCCGCCCGUUUGCACCAGGACCCCGCCAUACCCAUCAUCAGUUUUUCCAGCGUGCCCAGAUGCAGACGGCUCGAGCUCCCAUCCCGGGAGGUGGCCCCUCCCUUCAGCCCGGCUCCCAGCCUCCGGCCCCCGCCCCCCCCGCUGCAGCUGUGUACCAGCCUAACCAGCCCAUCAUGAUGACCAUGGCACCCAUGCCCUUCCCAUCACCACAAGCUCCUCAGUACUACAUCCACCAGUACCGACACAGCACCCCCUACAUAGGACCCCCCCAGCAGUUCUCGGUGCAGCCGCCCGGUCCAGGCACCUUCUACCCCGGCCCCGGUCCAGGCGACUUCCCAGCUCCUUAUACGGGUCCCCCAUACUACUCUGGGCAGACGGUGUAUCCCCCCUCACCACCCAUCAUAGUGCCUACGCCACAACAGCCUCCACCGGCCAAGAGGGAGAAGAAGACAAUCCGUAUCCGGGAUCCCAACCAAGGGGGCAAGGACAUCACAGAGGAGAUCUUGUCUGGAGGGGCCGGUAGCCGCAAUCCGACACCCCCUGUCGGACGACCCUCCUCCACCCCAACCUUGCCCCAGCAGCUGGGCAGCCAACUCUGCGAGCACGGCCCCCUGGUGUACGGCGGGGAGGCCAGCCCCUCGCACCCGCCUGUGUCCGCCGACACCAAGCCUCCGCCAGAUCAGAAGCUGGAGUCGGAGUCCUUCACACCCAAAUCUUCGUCCCCUGGCCUCCGACUUUCCGACUCCCCCAGCGUGAGGAGAGGCAGAGGUGUCCCUACGCCACUAACCCUUCCACUGGAGAAACCGGAACUUGCUGCUGCCCUGGGUCCUGGGGGGGGCCCCGCCCCUGUAGCAGGCUCUGUCGAGCCCCCUAGCCCCCAAAGGGAAGACAUACAAAUGGCUGCGCCACCUGCUGCUCCAUCUCAGGGUGGGAUUCAGGGGCCACCUAUCACUACAGCCCCUCCUCCCAAGGCAAUGAACGGGCACUCUGACCAGGAGGUGGUCAGCACACCCCCCGAUGAGCAGACAACUCCGGCCGCACCACAGGCCCCACCCCCAGUCUGUUCCACGGGAGCCAGCAUGGACACUCAGGGACUCUCAGCUCUUGAGAUGAGGGCCAAAACCCCCCUGAUGGCUCCAGGCCCUGCCUCCCCCACCCCGAAAGCCCCCUCCCUUCCUACUACUGCUGCUGUCUCUGCAGUUGCUGCUAGCCCUGUACCUGCUGCCAGCCCGUCGUCCCCCACUCAAGCUGGCGACGAGGCUGGGGACAUCAGGAAAACUUCCCCAAGGGCAGAAACUCAGGAGCACCCCCACAAGGCUGGGGGAGAAGUAGCAGAGAGCUCUGAGGACAAGGUGGAGUUGCAGCAACAAGCCAACUCCAGAAUGCUCCUCAGUACAGCUCAAACUGCUUCUGCUGCACCAAAGACCUGGAAGAAACCAAAAGACGGAGAGUCCCCCGAGAGGCUGGGGGGGGAGGAAGAUUCCACGGAGGGGUCUGGCAUGGACGAGGCCUCGCCCCAGAGCCUGGAGCUCCGGAGCCACUCGCCUGCAGACGCCACAGAGCCACUUCCCACUCCGGAGGAGAAUGGUGAGGCAGAGCUCGUAGGGAACGGGGCAGCCCCUGGCCCUGAGGUGGACGUCAGCGAUGGAGGUGCCGAGCCAGGGGAGGGACCAUGCAGAGCCCCGCCACCUUACAUCUUCCAGGGAGAGCCAGUGGAACCGAACGGGAAGAGGCAGUACGGCCGUGACUUCCUGCUCGGUUUCCAGUUCACCCCAGCCUGCAUGCAGAAGCCGGACGGUCUUCCCCCGAUCAGCGACGUGGUGCUAGAUAAGAUUAACCAAAAUAAGCAGCUGGCUCGCACCGUCGACCCACGCACAAUCUCCUGGGGUCCUGACUUUACGCCCGCUUUCGCCGACUUCGGACGUCCAGCAUCAGGUGGCCGCGGUUCCCCGCUGCUGAACGUCAGCACCAGGAGGCCCCAGCCACGCAAGAUCAUCAUGAAUGUGUCGGUGAACGACGACGUGCAGCUGAGGAAGGCGGAGAAUGCCUGGAAGCCGGGCAUUAAGCACGAGGGGCUGGCCGAUGACCCCGAUUCCCAGCACACACAGGAGCUCUUCCGCAAGGUGCGUAGCAUCCUGAACAAGCUGACGCCCCAGAUGUUCAACCAGCUGAUGAAGCAGGUGACGGACCUCACCAUCGACACGGAGGAGCGGCUCAAGGGCGUCAUCGACCUGGUCUUCGAGAAGGCCAUCGAUGAACCCAGCUUCUCCGUGGCCUACAGCAACAUGUGUCGCUGCCUGGCCACGCUGAAGGUGCCGAUGGCAGACAAGCCCAGCGCCACGGUGAACUUCCGCAAGCUUCUGCUGAACCGGUGCCAGAAAGAGUUCGAGAGAGACAAGGUGGACGACGACGUGUUCGAGAGGAAGCAGAAGGAGCUGGACUCAGCCGCCUCGGCCAGUGAGCGGGAACGGCUCCAGGAGGAGCUGGAGGAGGCGAAGGACAAGGCAAGGCGACGUUCCAUAGGGAACAUCAAGUUCAUUGGGGAGCUCUUCAAGCUGAAGAUGCUGACGGAGGCCAUCAUGCACGACUGCGUGGUCAAGCUGCUGAAGAACCACGACGAGGAGUCGCUGGAGUGCCUCUGCCGGCUGCUCACCACCAUCGGCAAGGACCUGGACUUCGAGAAGGCCAAGCCCCGCAUGGAUCAGUACUUCCACCAGAUGGAGAAGAUCGUGAAGGAGAGGAAGACCUCCUCACGGAUUCGCUUCAUGCUGCAGGACGUCAUCGACCUGCGACUGCACAACUGGGUCUCCCGUCGAGUGGACCAGGGCCCCAAGACCAUCGAGCAGAUUCACAAGGAGGCGCGGAUCGAGGAGCAGGAGGAGCAGCGCAAGGUGCACCAGCAGCUAAUGUCCAAGGACAACAAGAGGAGACCAGACCAGCGGGAGCAGAGGCUGCCCCGCGAUGACACCUGGAGCACGGUGCCCGUGACCAAAAACAGCCGGACCAUCGACCCCAGCAAGAUCCCCAAGAUCUCCAAGCCGACCAUCGAUGAUAAGAUCCAACUGGGACCACGGGCUCAGGUGAAUUGGAUAAAGGGGAGCAGUGGUGGAGUGAAAGCCAGCGAUUCAGACCCAUUGCGCUCCACUGGAAGCAGCUUAAACCGCUUCUGUGCCCUGCAGCCGGCAGUCACCCCCGCAUCUGCUGCUGCCGCCACCCAGGAUUUUGACUCCCGGAGGCUCCCCGGCAGUCGAAACAGCACGGGCCAAGAGAGGAAUGAUAAGCCGCCAGGAUCCUCCCCCUUGCAUGCGGUGCCCCUCCUCCACGACGACAGCGCCCAGGAGCUGCUGGACAGCCCCGCCCUAGAGGAGACGUGCCAGGAAGCAUAUGACAUCGCUGCUGCCGUGGAGGAGAGGGCCAAUCCAGAGCAGACCCUGUCCGACGAGCUUGUGAAGCUCGAGGCUGCAGAAGGGCCUGGUCCAGAAAAAUUCCCCGUACCAGUGGAGGAGAUGGAGAGGAGGUGCAAAGCCAUCAUGGAGGAGUUCCUGCACAUCACCGACUACAAAGAGGCAGCACAGUGUGUGGAGGAGCUCGAGCAGGAGGCCCAGCUGCACGUCUUUGUCAGGCUGGGGGUGGAAUCCACGCUGGAGCGGAGUCAGACCACCAGGGAGAACUUGGGGCUGCUGUUCUGUCAGCUGUUGCAGUCUGGGACCCUCCCCAAGGAGCAGCUCUUCAAAGGGUUCGCCGAGACGCUGGAGCUGGCUGAUGACAUGGCUAUCGACAUUCCCCACGUCUGGCUGUACCUGGCCCAGCUCCUGAGUCCCGUCCUACAAGACGGUGGCCUCUCCAUGAGGCAGCUCUUUAGUGAACUAAGCAAAUUUCUUCUUCCUGUGGGAAGAGCAGGGAUAUUAUUUUCUGAAAUACUGCACCUACUAUGCAAGCAAAUGAGCCAUAGAAAAGUUGCGGCCUUAUGGAGGGAGUCUGGCUUGAGUUGGAGUGAUUUCCUGCCAGAGGGAGAGGAUGUCCAGGUCUUUAUCUCUAAACAGAAUCUGGAAUUCACCACUCCAGGCUUUUUGAAUCUGGCCACCACCCUCUCCAAGAGAGCCCUCUCCCCAGAAGAGAUCAGUGAGCACCUGGAGAAGCUCCUCUUGGAGGAUGGGGCAAGUGAUGAACAGAUAUUUGACUGGGUUGAGGCUAAUAUGGAUGAAUCUGAAAUGAGUUCAUCUCCUUUCCUGAGAGCAUUAAUGACUGCAGUGUGCAAGGCCGCUGUGAGAGAAGGUUAUGCUGAGCAGCAGGUUGCUUCCAGGCUCAAAAUUUGUAAAACAGCAGUACACAAGAACAAAGUGAAGGAGCAGGCACUGGAAACGACCAUAAACCAGCCAGGCAGAGGGCAGAAGCGACAUUCUAAUGCCAGAGGCGAGAGCACUUCCUGUAGGGUUGAUACUUCCAUAAUCCAGAGGAGAUUGCCUGUAUUACUCAAGUACCUUAACUCAGACACUGAGCGACAGCUGCAAGCACUUUAUGCACUCCAGGCAUUAAUGGUUUCCCUCGAUCAGCCUCCCAACUUGUUGCGCAUGUUCUUCGACUGCCUGUAUGACGAGGAUGUGAUCUCGGAGGACGCCUUCUACAAAUGGGAGACGAGCAAGGACCCCGCAGAGCAGAGGGGCAAGGGGGUGGCCCUAAAGUCCGUCACGGCUUUCUUCACCUGGCUGAGAGAGGCCGAGGAGGAGUCUGAAGACAAUUGACGAAGGGGAGGGGCCGGCUGGAGGGAGUUGCGGGGGAACAGCCUCGCCAGCAUCCCGUGCAGCACGGCCAAUUAUUUUUAUUUGUUUUUUUGCUCAGAACAAUAUUUGCCUCGUGGAAACGGAGCGAUACGAAACUGGAAAGCAUAGCUGUGGAUGAAUAUUAAUAUUAAAGUUCUGGUUCUGGAUCGUGCGGUUUCAGUUCCAGGGUGGUGGUUGGGGCGCGCGCCGAGUAUGUAUAUUAUUAGGAUUUUUUUGUUCCGUUUUAAAUAUUAACUCUUUGUUUUGUUACUUUUUAAGAAAGGACUUAACAAUGCAAUCACUUUGCAAGAGUUGUCAUAGGUUUUGAAAUGUUUAAUUUAUUAUUUUUUUAAGAAUUGCAAAUACUAAAGUUUAUUUAACUUUUGCAGAUGCUCUUAACGAGAACAUCCGCGAUAACAGAAAUAAUAUUAACAAUUGUGAAGCGGAAAUCCUCCCUGAAUCCCGCGUGCUUGAUUGAAAAUACAGGGUAAAAUUAAAAUUUAUUUUUUUGGAGGAUAAGGGGGGAAAGCAGGGAGAAAUGACAGGGAUUGAGGGAGAAAGGUCAGGGAUUAAAGGUUAUUAAAUAACCACAAGGACUGCUCCCUCUGUUUUCGCUUGCUCUGUAUAAAAUGUGUAUAUACUCCUCAAAAAAAGCACAUAUGUGCAUUCAGGAGACGCCGCAGUUCACAAAAACAGUUCAGAGAACGAGGAAGGACACGCAAAAGCAAUUAACGAAAUAGACGCAAAGUUCAACAACAUAAAGGCUCCUGAACGCAAAUGCUUGUCAUAAUACAGACUUGUAGAGCAAAUUUAAAGCUUGUAAAUACAUUAAAGACAAAAUGUUAUUUAAAAAAA